AGAAGGAUCCUCACGCAGGUGGCCCAUUGCAGAAACAGCAGCUUCUAGCACAAGGAUUAUUGUAGAACAUGAAAGGUGUGUUCCAGACAGGGAAGUGAUGUCUGUGGGGUCCCCGGUCACGCACCCCGCAGCAGAGGGCUCUGUGUCCGGAGCCACCGGCGGGAUGCUGCUGCUGCUGUGCCUGCUGCUCUGGGCCGCCUGGAGCCGGAGGAGAACCGGCCCUCCAUCGCUGCCCGGGCCAGCGUUCUGCGGCGGGAUCGGGCCCCUCCUGUCCUACUGCAGGUUCAUGUGCACCGGGAUAGGAACUGCCAGCAACUACUACAACGAAAAGUAUGGCAGCCUGGUGCGCGUCUGGAUCAACGGAGAGGAGACACUCAUCCUCAGCAAGUCCACUGCGGUGUACCACGUCCUGAAGAGUGCUCACUACACUGCCCGCUUCGGCAGCAAAAGGGGGCUAGAAUGCAUCGGCAUGGAAGGCAGAGGGAUCAUCUUCAACAGCGACGUUCCCCUCUGGAAGAAAGUGAGGGCAUAUUUUUCUAAAGCUCUGACUGGCCCCGGGCUCCAGAGAACCGUGGGGAUCUGUGUUCGCUCCACGGCAGAGCACCUGGACCGGGUGCAGGAGAUGACGGACGCCUCCGGCCACGUGGACGUCCUGAACCUGCUGAGGUGCAUCGUGGUUGACAUCUCUAACCGGCUGUUCCUCAGGGUGCCCCUGGAUGAGAAGGAGCUUCUAUUGAAGAUUCACAACUACUUUCAGACCUGGCAAUCAGUUCUGAUCAAGCCCGAACUGUUCUUCAAAUUCGGAUGGUUUACCAAUAAGCACAAGAAAGCAGCGAAAGAACUCCAGGAUGAAAUUGAGAAACUGAUUGAGAUGAAAAGGAAGACACUGGCUGAAUCUGAAAAGCUGGAUGAUCACCAUGACUUCACGUCAGAACUCAUCUUCGCUCAGAACCAUGGUGAGCUGUCGGGAGAUAACGUCAGACAGUGUGUGCUGGAGAUGGUGAUCGCAGCCCCAGACACACUGUCCGUCAGCCUGUUCUUCAUGCUCAUGCUGCUCAAGCAGAACCCCGAGGUGGAGCUGAUGCUGGUGGAGGAGAUGCUCCAGGAAUUAGGCAGCAAGGAGGUGGAGCACAUGGACUUCCAGAAUCUGAAGGAGCUGGAGAAAUUCAUCAACGAGUGUCUGAGGUUCCACCCCGUGGUGGACUUCACCAUGCGCAAGGCACUGGAGGACGACGUCAUCGACGGCACCAGAAUCGCCAAGGGAACCAACAUCAUCCUCAACAUGGGCCUCAUGCACCGCACCGACUUCUUCCCCAAACCAAACGAAUUCAGCCUGGAGAACUUUGACAAAUUGGUGAGUACGGAGAGAGUUAUGAACGAAGGACAGAAACCCAGAGUCCAAUUUAUUGCAUGGGUGGAGGCAUCUCUCUCUCUCCUCUCACUGCAGGUGCCCAGUCGGUACUUCCAGCCUUUUGGCAGCGGUCCACGCUCUUGCGUGGGCAAGCACAUCGCCAUGGUGAUGAUGAAGGCCGUGCUGGUGACUCUGUUGACCCGCUUCACGGUGUGCCCACGGCGGGGCUUCAGCCUCAGUACCCUCCAACAGACCAACAACCUGUCUCAGCAGCCCGUGGAGGACGAGCGAGGUCUCGCCAUGCGGUUCAUCCCCAGGCCCGGCCGGUGGACCACGCCCACCUCCCCAACGACCGCUGAUCAAUAGAAUGAGGCAGCAUGAACCAAGCAGCCAUUUUGGUUCCCUGUUGGGUCUCAACAGGGGGCAACUGAAAUCCUAAUACCGCUGGUUAAAAUUACAAUAGCAACAAUUUGGGGAUACAGGAGACUGCUAUUUGUCAAUUUAAAAUGAGCUUGAAAUAGGAGAUUUUGUUUUCUAAGUUUAUUUCCAAUUAUUUCGAUUUUCUGUCAUUUCAUUUAAAAACAUCAUUUAAAAACAUAUUACUGGUACUUACUUAAUAAAACUCAUAUCUUAAACGUA